AGUUCUGUGAGUAGUCCUUGUACUUUACUCCCCGCCAGUAAAGACGUGGAAUUUUACAGGACUUUUAAACAGAGUCUAAGGUCUGUGGUGGAGACUGACCAGCUGUUAUCGGCUGUCUGUAGCCGCCUCAAAGUAAGCGAGUGUGGAUUCUUCACUGCAAAUUCUCUGCUGAUACCAUAUAUACUAUGCACCAAUAGGAAAGAGAGAGAUGAGUUGGGCUGAGGAGGACUGGACAGUGGGCCUUUCAGGUCGAGUUCUGCAAAAGGUGAAGGAACUGCAGGUUCAUCAUGAGCGAUUGUCCAGAGAAAACAAACAGAAGCAGCUGCAGUUGGACAACAUCCAAGUGAGCCUUGAAAAACAGACUGUGAAGUACGAGGAGGUGCGUGGGGAGCUACAGUUUGUGCAGAGAGAUCUCCAGAGUGUUCGUGAUGAGGCCAAAGCAGCAGCAGCCAGCAGGGAGCGCCUGGUCCAGGAGCUUCACACCAAACAAGCACAAGUUUGCUCUUUGGAGGGACAGCUUGAUGCAACGCGUAGCCAAAACAACAAGCUCACUCAGGAAAUCAAAAGAUUAGAGGCAGAGCUUGAGAAACUGCAGAACAGCAGCAAGUCUUCAGAUGUCACUCUGUUUUCUACUCCAUGCUGGAACACAUCCUCACCCUGGGAACAUAAUGGUAGCAGGAGGUAUGAUGAGAAGUCGGGGACAAGAGAUGAAGUUCAAAGCCAACAUUCUCAUAUCAAGCAGCGACUGCCCUUCUCAGACAUGCCCACAAGUUCAGUGUCAAGGCAACACAAGAGCACACCGCACCGUCAUCCGUCUGACCAAUCAGAGUCUUUUGCAACUCCCUCAUCUGUUUUUCCAUGGGAACGAGAUGACACCAGGCAUUCAGCCAGGAGACACUCACCGUCUUCUCCCCAGAUGCCCUGCAGUGGCCUGUCACCACUGGAGCAUUCUGGGAAGGAGAGGGAUUCCAGGGCUCAGAUGGAUACAUCGUUGUCAGAAAUGCAGAGUCGUGUGUCUGGUCUGGAGGAGGAACUUUCGGCCAAAGUCAAGAUGUUGAAGUCGAUUCAAAGUGAAAUGGCACAGAGCAAGAAGGAGCUCACGGCACGGGAGCUGAGUCUGCAGAAAGCUCGGGACGAGAUCAGCAUGGCACACACCCGCAUCUCACAAGAGAGUCAACGGGCAUCAGGAGCUGAGCAAAAGCUGAAGCAGGUACAGGAGGAGCUGAAGUGUCAAAGGCAAAAUGCAGAGAGCAGUCGACUGCAGCACCAGCAGAGAACUAAAGAACUGGAGAAACAACAUCAGAAGGAUAUCACAGAGCUCCAGAAGGAGAGGCAGUUGCUGGAAAAGCAGCAUCAGCAAGAGGUGAACAAGCUGAACCAGGAACUGCAGCAGGCCAGGACACUGCACAAUGCACUGCAGGCACAGGCUGAUAAGCUCUCUUUGCAGAAACAAGCUCUGGACAAAGAGCUGGACACACUGAAGGAGAAACUAAAGUGGACAGAGGGACAACUGCAGGAGAGUCAGAAGAAAGAAGCUCAGACCCAAGGCAAACUAGCGGAAGCACUGCGUGAAGCUGAGACUGUGACUGUGAGUCUGGAGCAGAGCAGGAAGCGAGAGCGAGGCCUAGAGGAAGAAAAGAGAAGUCUAGCAGAGGAGCGAGCCAACGCCCUGCGUCUCCUCAAAGAACUACAGGAGCAAAAAGCUGCACCACCACCAUCCCAACAACCAGUGCAAUUUCAUUCCCAGCCGUCCUAUGCACCUCCUCCUCACUCUUCAGAUUGCAUAAAGCGUCCUGCAGCUACUAGUCGACAAGGACAAAAGAAGAAAGAGGAGGACGUAGAAGAGAUGCAAGCAGACAUCUCUGCUCCUUAUCCUUCUGACAGAGAGCCAGGAGAGGGCAUCGACUCUGAAGACAUCACUGUCCUCAUCUCCCAAGACUCAGAAAGUUUAGGAAUCAGGCGAAAUAGUAACAAGGAGAAAAGACAUGAAGUGAUGGAUUGUGAUGGCUCCCAAACAAAGAACUCCAGCAUUUCCAACCCUGCUCAUGUUCUGUCCACCAACACCUCUGUGGACGUAUAUCAUCACACCAUGCUUCUUUCUGAUGAAAAGUCUCUUAACCCAGAGCAGACCAAAGCGGAUUUAGAACUGAAAAGGGAAAACACCAUGCUGCGCUCAGAGAUAAAAGAUGUUCGUGAAGAACUCCAGAAACGACUGGAGGACCUGGAAACCCAAAGACGGGCUGAAGCUGAAACCAGGACCCGACUCAAGCAGCUCAGCCGCAAACAUGCCAGUCAGACUACAGAGAAGCAGGAGCAGGAGAAAGAAUGGAAGACUAAACUGGAGAGUGAGAAACUGGAGGUGGAAAGACUGAAGAAGACCAUAGCUGGAAUGGAGACAGAGAUGAACAAAAGAAAGGAGGAAAGGGGGAAGAGGGAGAUAGAGGAGGAAACUAAAGUCAUGGAGGACAGAGAGAGUGAAAUGAUAGAACUGAAUAUCCAGCUGAAGAAGCAGCUUUCAGAAGCGAAAGCUCAGUUGGCUUUAGAGCGAGAAGAGAGACAGAGAGAGCAAGAGGAGAGGACCCAGCAUGCAGAUGUUCAGAUGGAGAUGAGCACGAAACUGGCAGAACUUCAGGCCGAGCUGGAAGAACUUAAACACAGUAAGGAAGAACAUGAUAAAGGAGUAGAUGACAGACGGUUGCUUGCCAACAGUCCACUGGCGUACAUGACUCUCCAUGAUGAUGAGCUCAACUCCAACGUUGUUCACCAUGACACCAAACCCCUCCUUUCUCCUGAGCAGCACCUCCUCUUCUGCCAAUCCACAAACCAAAUCAACACGCUUGUUUCUCAGGGAACAGAUUUAAUUCAAGGAGAACAACUGAUGAUAGAACCUAAAGGUUCACCUUUGUCAAGUUGUAGUCUGACUAGUCAAGAAGCCUUGGACCAGGAAGACACUGAUCAAAAUGUUCUUGAAGCAGCUUCCUUGUCUGACCAGCAGGAAGAUGACUUUCACCUCCAGAAAAGUGAGUUUUCUCCCUCACAUCUGGAAAAAGAGGUGACACACCUACAGAAGGAGAAGGCAAAGGAAACAGAUCGUGCAAACAAGAACCAGGUGAAGCUUGAGGCUCUGCAGAGUCAGGUGACAAGUCAGACACGGCAGCUGACCAAGGCCUUUGAAAAGCAGAGUCAGCACAUCUGCGGCCUUCUAGCUGAACUGCAGCAAAAAGAGAUUGCCCUCCUCAGGCAGGGAGAAGAAAUGCAGAAAUGUAAGUUGGAGCUGGAAGCUUUAAAGGCUGAACAAGGGACUAAGAAAGAUGAGAAUCCUGGUUCAAAAGAAGACAAGGAGGCGGUGCAGUUCUCAGAGCUGGAGGACUCUGCUGCUCACCUCAACACUUCAAACUCACUGUCAGAUGUGGAUUUAUCUGCACUGGAAAGUGAAGAGGACAAUGAAGCCCUGUUUCUAGGAGACCAGUGUCCAGACUGUGACAACUCAGACAAGACUGAGAGUAAUCAGGAUUCUGCUUGUGUCACAGAAGAGACAGAGUGCAGUCAGGGAGGAGAAACAACUGCAGAGCUGCUCAUCCUGAGACAGGAGAACCGGCUUCUGAAACAGAAAAUAAAAGACUUCACUGUCUCCAACACCUGUGGACCAACAUCACACACCAACACACAAGACACUGCUGUUCUGUCCUGUCCCACUGACCAGUGGAUGUCCAGGGAGCAGAAAGACAUCAAAGUGGAGGAGUCACUGCUGCCGAACCAGAUGAGAAGUGAAGAUGGUGCUGAGGAAGAGCAGGAGGACAUGUCUCAGGAUCUGCAGAUCAAGAACUUGGAGCAGCAGGUGGUGGUGCUGCAGAUGAGAGUUCAAGCUCUCUGCACAGAGACGCAGGAGCAGAGUGAGGAGCUCUCACUGUGGAGACUUUCCUCUCAGCCAACUGCAACAUUAGACCAGUUUAAAGAACAGAACCAACCCUCGGCCGUCAAACAAUCCCAGUCAGACCAGGAGCAGACAGAGGAGACGACACAUGUCUCAGGUUCCCCCAGUGUGACAGUGGUCAGAGAAGACCAGUUGAUUCUCUCCUGCUCCUCCAACAAAUUGCAGGGACGCAUGUUGUUCUCCAGACUGCAGUACAGCAACCUCCCUGAACCAACGGAUUUGCAUCACUCCAAAAAGACAGGAAACAGUCAGGAAACUGUUAUCGUUGAUCAGGAAUCAGAAAAAGAAAACCUGCAGUGGUCAGACGUCUGCCCACCACAACACACCAACAAGAGCCUUGCUCACUUUCAAAUGUCAUUGGAGGGAACGGGUAAACAUGUUUCCAAAGAACCCAGUAAGACCAAGCCAACAGAGGACCACAGGGAUAACCCUGUGUCAGGACCAGACUCUGUCAGAACCUGUGAUGAAACAAAGACAGUCAGUGAUUCUUCAGAGAGAGCAGUGAGGGUGGGAGUGAAGAGUGUCAGCAGUCAAACAGAGGAGAGCCCCUGUCCUCCAGCACAUGAACUUCACUCUGCCUACACACAGACUGAAGAAGAAAUAGAGGAAAUAGAAUCACCUCCCGUCUCCCCCAUCCCACCAUCUGAGGGUGCAGAGUCUAGAGACAAGAUGUUUACAGGUGCCUUUCCCAUCCCAGCCGACCCAGCCCGUCUGGCUGAAAGGAUCCGCAGAAACAGAACGCAGCUCUCAGCAGCCUUUGACGACACAGAGUACGAGCCAUAUGGACUGCCAGAGGUCGUCAUGAAAGGUUUUGCUGAUAUCCCCACUGGUCCUUCCUGUCCUUACAUCGUGAGGAGAGGUUUGUUAGGGACGUGUGUGGUACCGGUCUCACAGAAAGAAGAGGAGACUGAUUAAUAAACGUCUUUAGGUCAGUUAACUGUGGACAUCAGUGAUGAACUCCAGCUAUUUUACAAAAACACUCCAGUCACCAGCAAAAAACAGCUCCCUCCCUGUGGGCGUCAGUGUCAGAACAGACACCUGUACUACUGUGGAUCACUAGUUUGAUUCUGGCUCUGAUUGCUGUGUGCUGACUCUACAUCCACCUGUGUUUAGUUGCAGAAGUGAUCAUUAAGGGAUUUUUCUUGAGUGUUUGCGACUAUGACAAAGGGACUGUUAAGUUUAGGGUAACUCUACAUGAAUGUUUGGCUACAACAUCAGCCUUCUCGGAGUAAAACAGUGCCUAAGUGAUGAUUUUUUUAAGCAUGCACUUGUCAAAUGAGUUUGACUUGUUUUCCCCAGAGGGAAGGUCGAAGAAGGGUCUCCUGUGAAAUGUGAUGAUGUAUAUGUUCUUUUUGUUCCU